GGACAGUGUACAUACUGCCCAAAACAUGGAUGUCUUGGAUCAUACAGAACCAUCACAUAUAGUGUCUGAUAUACCAUCACAAACUAAACAAACCUGUCAUGUCACUUCAACUGAAACUACAUUGUUGGAGUCUGCCAAUGAUAAUAUGGAGGAUGUUGGUCAGUCUAGCCAAGCUGCUGCUCUUCCUUCCACCACUUCAUACUCUUUUACUGCCACAUCUCUGAGACAAAGGCAUGUCCCACUGAGAGAAUCAAUUCUGCCAGAUACAAGAAAUCAUGGUGUCGGUAUGAACUCAAAUGCAUACCCUUCUCAAUCAACGUCUCCAGUUCGUCCCUCAAACUCCACUGAGCCUUUAUCUGAAACCAAACCAGAUCAAAAUGACCAAGACGCUGAUCAAGGAGGCUUAUUUGAAUGCAACAUUUGCCUCGAUAUGGCCUCGGAUCCUGUAGUUACACUAUGUGGCCAUUUAUUCUGCUGGUCUUGCCUUCACCAAUGGUUAUCGUCGCGUCUUUCUGCCUCAAACACAUGCCCGGUCUGUAAAGCUGGUGUCGAUAGGGAUAAAGUCAUUCCAAUAUAUGUGCGAGGGCGUGAACCAAAAGAUCCUCGAGUCAGCAAAGAGGUUCCCAACAGACCACCUGGCCAACGAACAGAGCCAGUGUCAAACAAUCCAUGGGAUUUUGGAGGAUUUUUUGGUCCAGGUCGUGUCAAUUUUGGAAACACACAGCUUGGAUUUGGCAUGAUGCCAUUUGGAAUUCAAUUUAGUUUUGGUCAGGGUAUAAAUAACCACAACUUUCAUGCUGGCCCACAAGGCGUAAAUCAAGGUGGUGCAUUGGAUCAUUCACAGCGACUUCAAGCGUUUGUAUCUCGACUGUUUCUUAUGAUUGCUACACUUGUUCUUAUUUCUAUUAUUUUGUAUUAA